UGCAACCAACUGUUUUUAUUCUCUAACCCUCUAUUAUUCUGAUGAUUUAUACAAAAUCUUAUCGUUUCUUUUUAUCAAUCCACAAUUGUCACACAGGAGUACUUUUUAAGUUAGCGAAGGUCUGAACUUUUUCUCUGGCAUGGAGAGAUUCUUCAUGUUUAGCUCAGCCCGUGUACACAGAGAAGUAGCUUCUUUGUCCAGCCAUGGGGAAUCUUAUUCUGGGUUGAGUAAUAAAAAAUGCUUUGAUUCCUUCUGGUGUUGUCGGAAACAUUUUUUAGAUGAGGAUAAUGAGUGAAGCUGUGAGUAUCAUGUAUGAAUUACACCAACAAUUUUUAAAAAGGCCGUGAAGUUUUGAGAAUGCUAAAAAUCUUACCGUCCUCCUGUAUGUUUGUUUGGUUCUGAAACCUGGCCCUCCUCGACAGUUAUCUUCGAGGGUUUUCGUUCCCACUUGAAACUUGCUCUCGAAAGGCUUUAAAUACCUGUAAGUUAAAAUGCUCCCAGGCUUAUCACUGGCAAUGUCCUUGUGGCAGACGUCAACUGAAUAAUCCUUCACGUUUUCCACUUUCGCACUCCAAUUACAAUUAUAAAAUGCCAAAGCCAUCCACUACUUAAUCUCACAGCAUUAUGUUGAAGCAGAGGCUGCACAUUCUGGUCACUACACACAACUUCCCUGAAGACUACUCUACACAUCCUCAAUCAUUGCAGACCUGUAUUCUCAAGAACACGCUUUCACGACGGAAAAAAGUGCACUCUUUCAUUGCUCAUAGGCGAUUUGCAUUUACUACACGCAUACCUUUCCAUAAUAAGCUUAUUUACAUGUAUGUUAAGUUCGGAAGUUUGGUUGAUGCCCGUAAAGUUUUUGACCACAUGAAAGAACGAGACAGCAUCUCAUGGAAUACGAUUAUUGCAGCAUACAGAAGACAUGGGUAUCCUCACGAGGCAGUCACACUAUUUCACAAUAUGCAACAAACAGAGCUCCAACCCGAUCAGUUCACAUUUGCCAGCGUACUUCCAGCCUGUGCCGAAAUUGGAGGUUUGGAACAGGGCAUGGACAUCCAUAAAAGAAUGACGGAUAGAGGAAUUUUGUCAGAUGUCGUAGUUGCAACUGCUCUGGUAGACAUGUAUGCAAAAUGUGGAAGGAUAAACAAGGCGCGUGAACUGUUUGACAAAAUGCCUCAGAGAAAUGUGGUCUCAUGGAAUGCCAUGAUUGCAGGAUAUGCGCAGAAUGGAAUUGUUGAAAAGGCUCUGGAAACCUUCAGGCAGAUGAAAUUGGCAGGUGUAAAGCCAAAUUCCGCAACAUUUGCCAGCAUCCUCCCUCUCUGUGCCAAAAUGGGAGCUUUGGAACAGGGUAUGGACAUCCACCAAAGUAUAAAAGACGGAGAACUUUUGUCAGAUGUUGUAGUUGCAACUGCACUGGUAGACAUGUAUGCAAAAUGUGGAAGCGUAGACAAGGCACGAGAAUUGUUUGACAGAAUGCGUCAAAGAAAUGUAUUCUCGUGGACUGCAAUGAUUGCUGGAUAUGCACAAAAUGGACUUGCUGAAAAGGCCUUAAAAACUUUCAAGCAAAUGCAACUGGCAGGUGUAAAGCCAAAUUCCACAACCUUUGCCAGCAUCCUUCCUGCCUGUGCCAAAAUGGGAGCUUUGGAACAGGGUAUGGACAUCCAUCAAACCAUAAAAGAUAGAGGGAAUUUUUCAGAUGUUGUAGUUGCAACUGCCCUAGUUGAUAUGUAUGCAAAAUGUGGAAGCAUAGAUAAGGCAUAUAAACUAUUUGUAAAAAUGCCUCAAAGAAAUGUGAUCUCAUGGAAUGCCAUGAUUGCAGCAUAUGGACAAAAUGGACUUUUUGAAAAGGCCCUAGAGACAUUCAAGCAAAUGCAAUUGGCAGGUGUAAAGCCAGAUUCCACAACCUUUGCCAGCAUCCUCCCCGCCUGUGCCAAAAUAGGAGCUUUGGAACAGGGUAUUAACAUUCAUCAAAGCAUAAUGGAAGGGGGGGUUCUGUCAGAAAUUAUAGUUGGAAAUGCUCUGGUAGACAUGUAUGCAAAAUGUGGAAGUAUAUACAAGGCACGUCAACUUUUUGACAAAAUGCCUCAAAGAAAUGUGGUAUCAUGGAAUGCCAUGAUUGCAGGAUAUGCACAAAAUGGAUAUUGCAAGGAUGCUCUCAAAAUCUUCGAAUCGAUGAAGGACUAUGGAAUAUAUCCUAACAUUGUAACUUUUGCUUGUGUUCUAUGUGCAUGCAGCUAUGCUGGUUUAGUGGAUGAGGGCUGCAAGUACUUCAACCACAUGAGUAACCCUUAUUGCAUUAGUCCUACAGUUGAUCAUUAUGCAUGCAUGGUUGACCUUCUUGCCCGUGCUGGCUAUCUUGAGGACACCUUAAACUUUAUCAUUAAGAUGCCAAUUAAACCUGUGAUGUGGGCAGGUGGUGUGAGGUACAAAUGGUAAGGAGAUUGAUGAAAGACAGAGGGAUCAAAAAGAUACCUGGAUGUAGUUGGAUUGAAGGCCAUAAAUUGGUACAUGCUUUUUCUGUCGGAGAUGGAUCACAUUGACAGACACAACAUAUCUAUGCAAAGUUGGAGAAAUUGGCUUGAGAGAUAAAGGCAAAGGCGGCAGGGUGUUUUCCAGAUUCAAGACAUUUACUUAAUGAUGUGGAAGGAUAGGAAAAAUAAUUAUUUCUCAGACAUCAUAGUGGAAAGUUGGCAAUUGCAUUUGGUUUGUUAAACAUGCCCCUUGGAUUAACUAGUAGGGUUGUUAAGAACCUUCUGAGUCUGUACUGAUUGCCACACUGCAACUAAACUAUCUCCAAGAUUGUUGCAAGAGAAAUUGCUGUGAGAGACGUGAACCAUUUAUGCCAUUUUAAACAGGAACAAUGUUCUUGUGGACGUUAUUGGUGAUGCUAAAUGAAACAAUUUGAAAAAUAGGCGCACGCUAUAAUAACGUGCACUAUGAGAGCUGCAGUAAUAAUGAAGAAACAAGAUUUUAUAUUCAGUUUUUAAAAAAGCCUUUUUUUAA